AUAACAAAAGACAUGAAAUCCUGCUUUUCAGACUGAAAAUGUGUGCUCUUGGAUUAUGGCAGAAAAAUUCCCCCAUACAUUUGUCAACCUCUUCUGGGACUGAAAACACUCUGUAUUCACAUAUUGUUCGCCAGAAUGUAAUUUGGUGGAGAUGAUUUUCCAUCUCUUUCUUUUUUACCUGAUCAAUAUCAGUUCCUCUUUCUCUUGUCAUCCUUCAGCCACCUUCUUUUAUUUACUUGGAUACUUAAUCAAAUAGUGUGUGUGUGUGUGUGCGCGCGUGCGUGCGUGCGUGCGUGCGUGUGUGUGUGUGUGUUUGUGAAGUUCAAAUUAUGAUAGAUCAUUUUUUCUUUUACUACAGUUGAGUGUUUGUUCACACCUGAUUGUCACAAAGCUCUCACACAGCCUGAUGCAAGACUAAUAUGUUGUAGCUUUGUGUGUGUGUUUUUUUUUUAAGAAAUUGUGGGCAAGUGUUAAAAUUAAACUGAAGAUGCCUAAGGGUGGAUAAUUCUUGAAUUGUAUCUGUGUAUACUUGUGCAUACAAUCCAAAUGAGUACUUAAUAAAGAAUGGUAACAUAGCUCUGUUUCUGUAUUUUGCAGUGUCAGUGUAAGUCCACUCUGUAAAAUCAUUAAAUGUGAGUAGUUUUUCUUGAGAUUGACCUAAAGUCCUCAACAUAAACACAAUUUGUACAUAACACACAUAUUUAUAGUCUGAAAUCUGACCUCACUAUUCGCCAUGAGAGGCUGUGCUGUAAGAGCCGGCAGCAGAAACAGGGAUAUCAGAGGUGGCAACAUGUAAUUGUUCCACGUUCUUCAUCUUUUGACUGUAAUUGGACUGAUACAUUUAUACACCGGCUUAUUUCACCAUUAGAGGGUAUAAAUAGAAUCCUGUGUUAUCACUGGGGAUUCGGUGUUGAAAAGAUGCUGGUGUGGGUUACUAUUUUUGCUCGUCGUUACUGUGGUAACCGCGGGGCUCUGCAGGCAUCCAAGUGUUUGCUGUUGUUAUUUUGUGCCUCUGCUUCAUAAACCCCCCAUCACCUUUCUCUGUGUGAGAUCAGCAAACGCGAGAGGAUCCAAUUCGCUCAGAUUCACGUUACAUAUAAAACGUCUCGGUCACCGAAAAACAAAUGUUCCCUUUUCUGUUUAAUGUUGCUGAGCGGAAAACUUUAUACACAAAUGCAGAAUAAUAAUGAAGCUGACAAUAAAAGGAACAAAAAAAUCAAUUAUUAUUAAUGGCAAUUUCCAGUGAAGAUUAAAAUACUCAGAAAGCCAAACUUAUAAUAUUACACCAAGCUGCUCAAUGUUAAUGCAGGUUAGAUUUUUAGGUCUACUAGUCUAUUUGGAGCAUGUGGUAAAAAGCUGCCAAGCAAAGUUGUAAUUGAGUUGCAGCAAACUUAGAAGGUGAUUUGUUACUCUGCAGCAACUCAAUUUUCUCACCACCAAGUGAGACUAUAAUCAGUCAGAACGCGCUUCGGCAGGGAUCCUUCCUAACACAGUCAGACUCCACUGUGUUAGAAACCAGAUAUGAGCUGCAAAACUCACAAACUAAGAAAUGUAUGUGUAUUUUAUUUUUAUUUUAUUUGGUAAGAAAUAUUACUGAGUGGCACUAAAAUACAUGUUAUGAUAUGUUAUGAUAGCAAAUCAGGCAGCAGUGCCUUUCUAUUCUGUGUUGAAUGUGUAUUUUACUGAAGGUUAAAUAGUUCAGUAGAGAUUUUAAGCAAUACAGUUACUUUUCUUUGGUUCAUCUCUUCUAGAAGAGUUGAGUGUUACUGAUAUUUUAGAGUCUAAAUCAAGGCCACACUUUGGUAAAGUAAUAAUCAUCUGAACUGAAAAUAUACAAUAUAAAAAUAAACAACCACUUAAUACUUCAAUAUACGUCUUUAUUGUAAAGAGAUUAAAUUAGUUUCUGCUGGCAGCAAUGAAACGUUUUAGUUGUGUAUAUAUUGAUUAACGCAGCUUAAAUUGACUGUAGCUACCAUAUCAAUCGUCCAAGGUAGGUUUUAGUUGUUUCAGAUUAACAUAAAAAAAUAUAAUCAAAAUCAAAAAGGCAAAGGGAAGCUCCACAACAGAUUCUCAGCAUCUCCUCUCCCAAUCACCGCUAAGCUUCCCAGCCAGAUGAAUUCGUCAGUGAAACCAAAUUAGUUCUUGAGAAGUUUAUAAUGAGAUCUCUGCUCCAAAAAAUCUUAUCGGGUGUUCAUAAUCUGGCCACUCUUUAAUCAGAGGCGACCAGCAGAUCAGUAUCUCUGCAUGGGCCUCCUGGUGAAAAGCCAACAAUUUACACGUUUAUCUCUUUUGAGAUUCUUUCUGGGUUUUAAUGACCUGCCCUGACAGGCGCCUUCUUCAUUUUACAAAUCCGUUCUGUCAGAUUUACUUCUACACCAGAUUUAAUGUCAGAGUUUUUUUUAUUAUUAUUACAGAUUUUAUUUCUUCAACACAGGAAAAAUCUCUUCUGUCCACUGAUUGUCUCUUGUGUCUUUAAAAUGUCUUAGAAAAUCUGGGGACAUUCAGAAAGUUUAGCCGAAAUGGACGUAGCAGCUAAUAUUUAACAAGAUUUCUGCAAGGACUAUUUUUUAAAAUUUUUUUAACAUGGCAAAGAAAAUCAAAUAAUUGUCAGUUUUUUUUAUGUGUCCUUAUGGGAGACACAUUAUUUUCACAAAUUUUAAACCUCUCACCCAAACUAUCUCCUUCAGACAACAAGAUUUUCUGACGAGACAAUGAUCGUAAAAUUUCUUUAAAGAUGGUUUUGGAACAGAUGGAGCAGCCAAGCAUCAGGCUUCUGGAAAAUCUCCAUUUCAACCUUUCUAAGAAUAGACAAUAAGUCAGGUUUGAGACAGGAAAUCAACUAAUUUAAGUUCAUUGUGAAAAGACGAGUGGUCAGCCAAAAGAUUUCUGGUGUCUCUGCAAGUUCCUAAAAUAAAAUUAGUGAGGAGUGAAUAUAUGUCUUUAACCCUGUGGAUAUACUUUUCCUUUAUGUUGAUUAGAUCAAAUUUACAAAAACUUUUGCCCCAAACACAGUAACUGCAGGUUGUUGUUGCAGCAACAGCCAAAAAUAAACAUCAAUUUCAAACCAGUGAGGCAUGCAUGUGAACUUUCAUUAUUAGAUGGUAAUAUACAGUGUGUGCAUGUGUGUGUGUGUGUGUGUGUGCGUGUGUGUGUGUGUGCUCGUGUCCUAAUGCAAUGUACCUUUGCGAGAACAGAGAUAGCAGAGCUCAUUAAGUGAAGCAUCUAUCUCUUUGAGUCAGUGUAGCCUCCCUCACUUUGUCCCACGUCUGUCGGCAGAGAAAAGGAUGUGACUCAAAGUCGUCUGGAUUGAUUGGUGACUGUUGGAGCAUCAGGUUUCUCUCUUAUCAGCUGAGAUAUAAUUGAUUUAUGGAGAGCUGGUUGAAUCCAAACAAGGACAUAAGUGUGCUGAUUUAACCACUUAAGACAAAAACAGGAGCACAUAGAGCAGGACGCUCUGUGAGAACAAAAGAACACGUGAAAAUCCGCCUGCAUUAUUCAGAUGCAGCUUCUUUUCCUCGCCUCUUUGUUUCUUUCUUCCUUCAUUUAUGUUUCUUUCUGUCUUUCUUUCAUUCUCUCUUUCCUUCCUUCUUUCUUCUUCCUCACAUUCGACUAAAACAAAAGCUGUGAUGCAUUGAUGAUAUCAUUUACCAGCCAAGAGCCAUGAUCAUUACGUUUCUAUUAGCUUCAUCCUAACUGAUGGCCAAAGUCUGUACCUCGGAUACAAGUGCAGUCACCAUGGCAACCGGCAUCACAUACAGUAAGGAAGCAUCUAGCCAACCUGUUUUGUUCACUCACAUUGCACAUGUUGUGCCAGCUCUUUAAUAUUGAAAAUAAAUAAAUCAAAAAUCAGCAUGUUUGUCUACUCAAAUUUUUUUGAAGAAAGUGAUGCUACUUUAAAAAAAUGUUUUAUCCCUUUUUUUAUUAGUAUACUGCAGUGAAGAAUUUAUUUUAUUGGCUAUUUUUUGCCUUUUUCGUUUAAAAUCUGUUUGGAUGAAAUGCUUUAACUUAGUCAUUUGAUAAUUAAAACUGGCAGCAAUACCAUUUAAUUUAGUUUUAUUUGUCACAAAUCAAAAGCGUAUUAUUUUGAAGCUUUAAAUAAUUGAUUCCAAAUAUUAGCUUUUGAUUUAGCUUUUAACUGGCUUAGCAUUUUGUUUUUACAUCUCUAUGGAAGUCCAAAAGUAACAAAAUUAAAUAAAAAUAAAGUAAUAAUAAAGUAGUAUUUAAAUGUGCCCUUCACCUAUCCAUAUGGUGCAUCUCUCCAGCGGUACAAGAGGCAGCGUACAGUCUGCACACACACACAGACACACACUCUCUCUCCUAAGGACAAUCCACAGUUACCAAUGAAUCUAAGUCAUAUUUUUGGAUUAAAGGAGGAUGCCAGAGUGCCAGUACAGAACCCGUGACAUGCACAAGGAGAACAUACAAGCUCAAUGCAGAAAAACCUCCGUGUGAACAAUUUAGAAACGAAUUAGUUACUGUAAUGAAAAUACGUUAUAUUUUUCAUUUAGCAUGAGAAAACGCCCCGCUGCAGCCACUGUCUUACCUCACAUCGACUACAAUGAAAUAAUUUAUUUGAAAGCUCCUGCUGUUUGGAACAACAGAUGUUGGAAACAAUUUAUUAUAGAGCACCGAAAAUCAAUAGGAAUAUACUGUUUGGUUAAAUAUUUUACACAUGCAAAACUUUGCACCUCUACUAUUUUAUCUAUCUUUAUGUGUUACUCAAAUAGAGCCACUCUCAACUCACGGUAAUAUUAAGAAGAAAACAGAAGGCAUCAUUAAACGGUUGUUCCUGUUUCUCAUGCUUUUCUUCCAUUGUUUUCAGUUUAAGUUAAUGUAAAGCAUCGCGUCUUGUUUGUUUAACCAAUAAUCUUGUCGUAUCUGAAACAAAAAAAAAACAUAUAUAAAAGGUUUACUACCAUUAUUAUAAUUAGUGGGACAUUGUGGCACUGUAUGUUUCAAAGUCUACAACUGACUGAAAUCCGCAGGUUGCUGUCCGCGGUGCUGAAUCCUCUCCAAACACACACCUACAUUAAGGACAGCCUUUCACUGGAGGCUGCUUUGCGCAUGCGAUGAAGUAAUGCGGGGCCACUUGUUUAAACAGAUGGCCACAUCAAGAGCAGGUAGACUGCAUACGCAUUUUUAUACAUACGCUGAAAACCGUUCAAACCGCGCUUGCAGACUUUAUUUUCCUGCCUGCCCGCCUCCGCUGCUUUGGUUGAACGCAACAGGCUGCAGCACCGAUGUGAUGUCUGUACGCUGAAAAGCCGCACCACCUGUAACUGCAGCGUCCCCCACCUCUCCUCCGUCCUCCGGACUCCCCAUGCCGACACCGAGGAUGAAGAAGCAGAACGUCCGGACCCUCUCGCUCAUCCUCUGCAUGUUCUCCUACCUGCUGGUCGGCGCCGCGGUGUUUGACGCGCUGGAGUCCGAGUCGGAGAACUCCCGCAGGCGCAUCUUGGAGCAGAAGCGCAGUGAGAUGAAGAGGAAGUACCGCUUCUCCGAGGACGAUUACCGCGAAAUCGAGCGAGUGGUGCUGCAAGCGGAGCCCCACCGCGCCGGGAGGCAGUGGAAAUUUGCUGGCUCCUUUUAUUUUGCCAUUACGGUCAUCACGACCAUAGGGUAUGGACACGCUGCACCGGGAACAGAUGCAGGAAAAGUCUUCUGCAUGUUCUACGCUGUUCUUGGCAUUCCUCUCACUCUUGUGAUGUUCCAGAGCCUCGGAGAGAGAAUGAACACGUUCGUCCGCUACCUCCUCCACAAAAUGAAGCAGUGCCUGGGUUUCAGACGCACCGAGGUGUCCAUGGAGAACAUGGUCCUGGUGGGCUUCCUGUCCUGCAUUGGAACACUGUGUGUGGGAGCCGCAGCCUUUUCCCACUUCGAGGGAUGGAGCUUUUUCCAUGCGUACUACUACUGCUUCAUCACCCUCACCACUAUUGGCUUUGGGGACUUUGUGGCCCUGCAGAAGAAGGAGGACCUCCAGGAGAAAACGCCUUACGUCGCCUUCAGCUUCAUGUACAUUCUGGUGGGGCUGACGGUAAUCGGAGCUUUUCUCAAUUUGGUGGUCCUGCGUUUCCUCACCAUGAACACCGAGGAUGAAAGACGGGAUGCUCAGGAAAGAGCUUCGCUGAAGAGGGACAAGGGUCUUUUAGAGGGGCCCACCGGCCCCCGCGUUGUAGGUGAACAGAGCCGAGAUAGCCGCAGGGAGAGGACCGGCAGGGACAGCAUGGUGCACGGCCGCAGCCACAGCACACUCUUCCUCCCCAUGCAGGAGGGAACCAGUCGCACCAACCUCAUCCCUUCCCCAGCUGAGGACACAGAGAGGCAGGAAAGUCCCUGCAGGCACAGGCUGCAUUUUCGGAUCAAGCCAGGCCGACGGAGGGAGGAGACGAGCGUCAGCUCCCUCUGCUCCUCCUGCGUGUGUUACCGCUCAGAGGUUUGUGACGACCCCGUGGUGAACCGCAGCAAACACCACGGAGGCCACAUUAACUCAGUUUACUACAACUCAGUCUCCUAUAGGAUCGAGGGCUGCUCGUCGAGAUCCAGGGACAAUACUGGACUCUCCUCCCCUGGAAGCACACUGUCGCCCGAGCACAGCUUCCAGGAGUUCAGUAGUUUAAGGAGGAAGUCGGUGUAAAGGGCAUUAUUGUAAGGGGGGUUGGGGGUCUGCAACGACAGUAAGCUGUACUUAUUUAUUUGUUAGAUUUUUUUUGCGCAUGACAGAAUUCUGUUUGUUGAAUAAACUGUCUCUUGUAGCUACUGAAACUGAUUUUAUUCCUAGAGCAAGAAUGUCUUUCCUCCUUGUUACUGUACAAAUAUAUAUAUGUUGUGGGUUCUGCUAUUUUGCUUGCAUGUAGCAAUGCAUGCUAAAAAGAAUGUAAUGCACUCAAUGUGAAUGCAGGAGAGCUAAAUUUAAAGUUUUUUUUUUCUUUUGCCAAGUUUAACAGAGAUGAAGACUCAAAUCUUUGACUUAGAGACUUUACACUCCCUGCAGUAACUGAGGAAUCUGUCGGUUUAUUCAAAGAACAAUUUUAGUCCAAAUCAGAACAUUUCAAACCUCACAGCAAAGUCAAGAGCAGAACUCUGUUCUUAAGUUGACAAAAGAAAACAUUUCCACUUUUUCCUGGUUGUCAUUAAUGACAACCAGCUCAAAUAUCUGAUAAAAAUAAACAAAUUAUUUCCACACAAUGUGUUGAGAACAAGCUGCAAAAACUCAAUCAUGUCCUCCUUUCCUCACAGCUCCAGGAGAGAGAACACAUUUCUUGGUGUAUGCGGAAUAUGUAAAGGUGACUUCAGACUCGACUUACACUCGAGGUUUGGGACUCGAGUCUCAUGUAAUGGAGGUGAACAGUUAACCUGCAGCUCAUUUUAGUAGAUGACUAAUAAUGCUACCUAGUAAAGUUGGUCUGUUUUGGUUUCAUGCUAAAACGGUUCAUCAUUUAGUUUAGUAAGUAAGACGAUAGCGUAGCUCUGACGCAAUAGGUUUGCGUUCGAUUAAUUAAUCAGGGAUGUUUACAGACCAUGGACCAUUAAAGGCUCAUAGCUACCGGUUCAUAUCUAAUGUAGCAUCAUAAUAAUGACUAUAUGGAUGUCUGUUAUUUUGAGCCGUGACUCUGGAUUAUUUGAGAACGCUCUCAGUUUACCUCCAAAGUCUUUUUUAGAUUGGUAACAGCAUUAAAAGAUGGUAUCGGUGGGACUUAAAAGUUUUAUCACAAUAUUUUGUACAAUUGUGAUUUUUUUUUUUUAUCAAUAAAAGUGACAAUAAGAACUAUGUAUUACUUCAGUUUAACUUAAUAGCUGUUGACGGCAUGACAGAGCAAUUGUAGCUCCACAAACACAAAUACUGCUCUUGAGGAACGCUGGUCACAUAAAGGUCACAGUAACUGCGUUUAGUCAUAUUUUUAAUUUGAUUCAUGUUUAUUGAUCUGGACAAUAAGGACACUUUUGUUCUUUUUUUAAGCAUCAAUAAUUCUAAUUUAUCAUGACAACAAUAAAUCAAAAAUCCUUUUCAUGAUAAGAAAUUCAUCAGGAGAAUAAUAAACAAUACGAUAAAUUCCCACCUCUAUUGCAAAGAUUUGUACUGUCCUGUUUCAUUGAACAAUUUCAUAUUUUAAUUGGGGAGACAUUUUGUAUCUCACAAUUAGGGCUCAUAAUAAUGAGUUAUAUCCAUAACAGUAACUCUGUGGUUUGCGCCAUGCAUCCAGUGUGAGAACGUUCAGAGUAUUUAGAGACUCGUGACUUGAACUUGGAAAAAUGACUUGUGAACAUCUCUGCUUCAAUAAAAGGAAUGGGCAUUUUGCUUACCAAUGAAGAGACUUAAAAAAAAUAAAACCCUCAGAGGGCUCUUGCUUAAAGAAAAGUCUUAAAUUUUCCUGCCAUAGAAAGAAGAUGUCAUAAUUCUAGUUUUAUAUUUAAAAAGCCUUAAAGAAGUUUGACCAAGCACAUCAGAUAGGUGACUAUUUUACACGGCGAGAAUAAUACAAUAUUUUAUUACCUGACAUUGGAGUGAGGCGGUUAACACUCCGAUGAGUAAAAAACUUUAUGUUGGCAGUUGAACUAAAGUGGAUGUAGCUUGUAACAUACAUGUAGCAGGUUAUUAAGGUCUGCAGAAGUUUUCAUCGUCCAGCGACUGAAGGUGUUGUUGUAGUCCUGACUGAUGUCAUUCUCUUCCAGUAUUGUUUGGCUAAACCAAAUGAGCGUACCGUUGAAUGUGGUUUUUAAUUUAGACUCUUUCUUAUUGUACUUUGUUAUAUGAUUUUUUUUUUGUUUUGAAGAUUCUGUAUUCAUUUGUCUUCCGUUCAAAUGUGUGUUUUCACUUUCAGAGAAUAAAACCUUGUAACCAUUA